AUGACAAACGAUCCUAAUCUGCAAUUACCACUGAGUUUUGGUGUUGCCCAAUUUUUUUUUGACAAGCCAAAUGCAUCAUCGCAAAAGAACAAUUUUUUUUUAUUGCAUUUGGCUUGCCCAAAAAAUUUGGAAACACCAAAACUCAGUGGUAAUGGCAGAUUAGGAUCUUUUGUCAAAAAUUUUUUCUGGCAGACCAAGAAUGGCUCUUAG